AUGAUCAUCACAACAUGGAUUGUGUACAUCUUUACCCGGAAAAGUGUAGGGCUACCCUUCCCACCAAAGGCAAACUCGGACAUUGAAGUUGUGGAAAGUGAAGCCAUAUCCGUAGUGCAGCAUUGGUUGAAUAAAACAGAAGAGGAGGCUUCUCGGAACAUAAAGAAGAAGAUGUCUUCCAACAUCCCUCCCACUCACGGACACGACAUACAUGUGACCAGAGAUUUGGUAAAGCACCAACUCUCCAAGUCUGAUAUGUUAGCAGACCCUAAUCAGGAAGUCCUGGAGGAGAGAACGAGGAUCCAGUUUAUAAGAUGGAGCCACACCCGUAUCUUCCAAGUGCCAAGCGAAAUGAUAGAAGAUGUCAUGCAGGAUCGCAUAGAUCAAGUGAGACAAAGCAUAUCUCACCUCAGGUGUGACUCAUAUGAUGACCCAAGCUUCAGAGUGUCUUGCUCAGAAUGCUAA